AUGCGGCGUGGCAGUCCACGCCUCACGCCUGAGGGAACGGCGCUGCUCCCACGUGGCAGCAAAGGCCCCGCCCUGAUUCUCAUGGCACUCUUUUUUGCGCACCUCACCACCCCCUUGCUGUCUGGGCCAUCCGAUGAGCUUAGCACCACCAUCACGAGUUCCCCCGGCCCAACGCUGCUGCAGCAGCUGGCAUCGUUUGCCGCGAUGCGGGAGGUGGCGGAGGAGGAGCACCUCGACUGGGGCGCCCCCGCCGCCUUCAGUCGACAGAAAACAUUCAGGCUUCAGGUGCAGCCACGCGAGGGAUGUGUGGAGCAUCACAACAGGGACACCCCGCACGAGGACGAGGAUGACUUCUCCUCCUCCAACGAACAUGAGACGAACAGCGUGAAUGUACCACUAAACUCGCGUCUUCGUCCGCAUCGCCGUCAGCGUCGAAAGCAGAAGUCAGAGAGCGAGACCCAAGAGGACGGUGUGGUAUCGCCUGGCAAGAGCAGUAGUAAAAGCUGCAACGGUGUGUCCUCCUUUGGUGGCAGUAACUUUGGUUCCAGCUACACGCAGGAAUCUUCGGCGACGUCCGUCACCACCCCUCAGCGUACGUGGGCGCAGCUGCACAUGAUGGAGGUGGCCUUUAGCAGCCAGGAUAAUAACUUGCUGCACGUCACGGAACGGUUUUUGAACUACGGGAACAUGUACCCCAUCAUCUACCGCUGCCAUCUUCGCCACCUACACGUUGCAAAUGAACAGGUACUGCUUGACAGUCCCAGCACGGGACUGCAGAGGUCGCGCUUCUGGUCGUGCCGUUUAUGCGGGAAGGCUCAUGAUGUGGUGCGUGCGUCGUGUGAGCGCUGCCAACGCUACGCUGGGCCCUACAGAGAACUUGUGCUUGAUCAACUGCUACCAGAACCCGACUACGCACGGAGCGUCUUACGCCUGCUGCACGCCACACACCCAGAGGUCACAAUACAUCGUAUUGUGACGCAUCCAAAUGUGAGCGGGAGGGGGCGUAGCAGUGUUUCGGUGUACGUCAGUGCGGAUGCGGCACCCGAGCUGGUUACAAAACUGAACGGAAAUGUGUUUUUUGACUUUGAAGAUGACGAUGCUGCAACUACAGGUGGCGGCGUGCGUGUGCACUACGUGUACAGCUCUCAGAGGCCGUGGCUGGAGGCAUUCAUCAACGCGCGCAGGGCGCAAUACGGCCAGUCAGAGGAGCUGCCGUGGGGCGCACUGGUGGUGCUGAUGGAUGCCUCCAACGAUAAGAAGAAGGGACCUGGCGCGAGUUCCCCUAUGGCAACGGCACCAAGGCGCAAAAGGAAAAAGAGUUUGACUUUAGCACAAAACGGGGCGUAG